AUGUCAACUUCUUCAUCUGAUCCAUCUUCAUCACAAAUACACCUAACCACUUCCAACUUGAACUCAAACUCUAACUCUAAUUCAAAUAGCAGUAACACAAAAGAUCGUAAAAGAUCAGCUCAUUGGACAGAUUCAGAUACCGAGACUUUGGUUAAUUUAUUACUUGGUUAUAGGGAUUCAGGUAGAACAGCGGAUAAUGGAUUCAAACCUCAUGUAUGGGAAGAAGCGAGUGAUUUGUUAGAAGGAAAUACUUAUAUGGGUGGACCAAAGACCGCUGAUGCAUGUAAGAGUAGAUGGCAACGGCUACAACGUGAUUACAAAGCUGCAAAAGAUAUGGAAGCGAUGCCUGGAUUCACAUGGGAUAGAUCAACACAUAGGUUAUUGGCUUCUCCUGAAGCGUGGAUAAAUGCUGAAAAACAACUCGAUUCAUACAAAUACCGUAAAAUACAUUUACCUACUUUCGAUUCCUUAGCAAUUUUAUGUGCAACGGAUCCUUCUCGAUCGAGACCUCGUGUAUCAAAAGGUAGAUCAAGUUUAGGCUCAAUCUCAAAUGCAAGUAGCAUGUUAUCAUUGAGUACCCAAACCACUUCAUCUGUUGCGAAUCAGAACCAGAAUCAAAACCAGAAUCAGAACCAGAAUCAAAAUCAAAAUCAAAACCAGAGUGUUAUUCAAGGACAAUCUUCGAACGGAAUGAAUCAAAACCAAGGACAAGGACAAGGACAACAUAAUAUGAACGGACAAAAUCAUCUUCAUUCAAUGAAUAUACAUCCUAAUCAUAUCAUUAACGGCCAGUCUCAUUCUCAUGCCCAUGCCCAUGCCCAUGCACAAGGACAAGGACAAGAUGAAAAUACAAAUGCAAUGGCUCAAAUGCAAUUACAAUCAGAUCAAAAUGUUGGCGUUGGUGUCGGAGUUUUUAACUGGGCAAAUGCAACUACCAAUAACCCAGCGACAAUGACGAACGGAAAUGUCAACAGAAAUCCGCAAGAAAAUGUUAAUGUCAGUCUAAACGCAAAUGGUGAAGGUGGUGAAGAUGAUGGUGAAAGUGAAUUUGAAAAUCCUUUCACAUUACCUGAUGGUUCCCAGUCUUUCAACUUGGGUCAAAAACGUCCUUUGCCAUUUGAUCCUUCCCUCUUAUCAUCAACUCCAAACCCUUCUUCAAACCAUGCAUCAAAUCAGAAUCAAAAUCAGAAUCAAAACCCUCAAUCUCAGCACGCGUUACCGAUAUCGCAAGGUAGUCCACCUAAAAAACCUCGUCAAGGUAGAUCGUCAAAUUCUCAUUCCCAUUCUUUGCAACCAUCUCAAAUCCAUCAAUCACAUCAACAACAGAUGCUUCAGCACCAACGUCAACAACAAAUACCACAACCACAAUCACAACAUCACCAUCAUCAUCAAUUACCUCCUGCUCACACUAUACCACCUCAGUAUUAUCCUCUACCACCAAAUCCACACUCACACCCUCAACCACCACCUAACCAUCUACAUCCGAUAAUGGGUAAUCCAAAUCAACCUUCACGUUCACCUGAUUUCUCGACUUCUUCGACAGCACAGUUCGAUUCUUCACAGCUUCUCUCCAAUUCACCUCUACCUACUCCCAACCCAAAUCAAAAUCAAGGUCAAAACCAAGAUCCUCGACAACUGAUAAGACAAUAUCCAACUUCCAAUUCUUCUACUCCUAAUCCCAAUCCCAGUCACAUCCCCAGCACCAACAGCAACAAUAACAACGGCAACAGCAAUCUUCCAAUCGGGUUGAUACAAAGCAACUCUACUCAGUCGUUAAAUACCAUUUUAUCUGCAGAAGUUACAGCUGCAGGAUUGUCAGAAGCUCAAAGAAGGACAGAAGCUUUGAUACAACUACAAAAUGAAUCAGACAUAAAAGAUGAAGAUUUAGUCGAAGUCAUAGAUGAAUUCGAAUCAAAUGUAGCUGCUGCCGACACGUAUUUAGCUAUCAAGAAAGAUGGUUUGAGGAAAAUGUGGUUAGGUAAGAUAAUCAAAAGGCGUAAGAAAUGA